AUGUCAAUCCAGGGUAGGUGCAAUAUCCAUGGAGCUUGGAUUCUCAAUGGCAUCUGUGUUCGUAUUGCGCAGAAAAUGGGCCUUCAUAGAGACGGGGAGCUCCUUGGUCUUCCACACUUCGAAACCGAAAUGCGGCGCCGAAUUUGGUGGCAAAUAUUCAUGCUGGACUCGAAAUUCUCCAUGAUAUCGGGCCUGAGCCAAUCGCUGCUCCCUCGACCGAGCGACUGCAAACUGCCCAAGAAUUUGAACGACGCGGAUCUCCACACCGGUGCGACGGAGCCAUAUCAAGAACGCGAAGGCCCGACCGAAAUGGUGAUUCCACUAUUGGUCUAUCAGAUUGGCUUCUGCCUCUAUCAACAACAGGACCUCGAGUCCCUCAUGCUCCACAGCGAACUGAGUACCCUGAGUUCCGGUAGAAGAACCAAAAUGCAAUCGGCUCAUAUUAAUGGCUUUAUCAAGACUCUCGAGCAUCGACUAAACAGCGUUAUUGAGAAAAACUCCGACCCUUCUGCCGGCCCGGUACAUGAGUUUGCGGGUCUCUUAAAGUCCCUUGUACUUCAGAAGGUUAAGGAGUCCACUUGUCCUCCGCAGGAACAGCCAGAAUGGGGCACAGAGAUUUUGACGCCGAAAGACAAUCUCUUCAAGUGGUCUGUGAUGACCACGGAACACAACAUCAAUGCGUACAGGUCGAACAAGCAUCCUGGGUUUCACUGGUUUCUGAAGUUACUCUUUCAAUAUGAUGUUGUUAUCUUGAUGGUGGGCCAGCUGAGCCAGCGCUUGACUGGAGCUUUGGUCGAAAGGGCGUGGCAACAAAUCCCUGCCCUUUACGAAUACCAUCCUGAGUUCCUCGACCCUUCUCAAGAGUACAACAUCGCUCUUGGGAACUUCAUCUUGAGAGCUUGGAAAAUCAGAGAGGAUUACCUUACUUCUCAAAAUGGGAUUCAGCCAAACGAGCCGGGUUACAUAGAGACACUUCGGAAGCAUUUGGGUUCGCAUUUGAGCAGGUCCAGGGCUGGCAUGGAGCCGCCCCGGUCAAUGGAGCCCCACUGCCAUCACUCAACGACCGAAACACAAGAUGGGUACCCUCCCAUUGAUCAGUUGUUCUCGAGAUAUCUAGGUGCGAGUGUUUCUUGGGAUCCUUUGGCUAUGGCAGACCCUGAACCCAUCAACAGACAAUUGUCUACAUUUGAUGGAUUGGACAUGGGGACUCCCACAGGCUGGUGACCUCGGUACGUGGCAUGUUUCACCACCAUUUCAGUUCUCGAAAGGCCUCGCUUGCCAGGAGAGCAUGUUCACUAGGUUCUUCCCUGAUGAAUCCUUAGCCAAGUUCCCGAAUUGGUCUGCCGCGUUUCCCUUGCAAAGCCUUAGUUUGACCAUUACUUGGACCCUAUUCUUAUCCUCCUUGUGGUUGCGCAAAACAACAGGACAUUCCUCAACUAAGAAUUGAGCCCUGGCAAAGACUCCCAUUCAUGAUCAACACUCGGUUCAGUUUGGCUUACAGGCCCGAACAGCGCCUGGCGUUUUUGAGGGGCCCGAGAAACCGAAAACAUGUUCAUUUGAUCAAGCGAGAUGCUUGCUGCUAGUCACUGC